GUCAAUUAACUCCUCAAUUUUAAAAAGGUUACCUAAUAUCCCCUUAGCGGAUAAUAAUUUCUAUACGAGUCAAAAGGUUAACUUGUUGAUUGGAGCGGAUCUUUACCCGAAAAUCAUUCUAAAUGGAGUAAGAUCGAAAAUCUUCGGAUCACUUGUUGCACAACGUACAGUGUUCGGUUGGAUCUUAACAGGUUCCGUUCCCUCCGAAGAAGCGAAAAUAAAUGGCAAAGGCACAACAAUCGUCCCAUCAACAGACUAUGCGGCAACAGCAGUUGAAAAGACAUCAGCCACAAUUAUCACCACAUCAUCCAACAACGCCCCAACAACAAAUGCAUCAACCAUAUCAACAGCAGCACCAGCAUCAGUUGCUAGGCGAUCCGUUUGCUGCAAUGUUAACGGCGACACGAGAUGCACCAGCUAGUCUCCAAUCUAGACUACAACAAUAGAUUUCACAAUUGGAGUCACAGCCACCGCGGACAUCAACGCCUACCCAGAUCCUAUCACAGACGCAGAUAGCGAUUCAGUCACAGUCGCAGACACAGCCGCAGCAACAGCCAUUACUACAACAGCAUCACCGAAAACAAUGGCGGCAGUCAGCGCAGCGUGGAGCACAGCUGCCGAUAACGCAACCGUCUAUGUCUCCAGCGCACAUUUCGUCACCCAUGGCGUCCAGCCCAACGGUGUCAGCGCAACAACAACAACUUCAGCAUCAACCGCUGCAAAUCCAGCAACAUCAGCUGCAUCAGCCACCACAACAGCCCCCAACACCGACAUCAACACCAUCACAUCAUUUGGCUAACAUUCUGAACGAAACAGCCACCUCGAAAGGCUCUUCUACAUUGGCCGUGGUGCUAACAGCAGUAACAGUUCGACCAACAGGAUUGUCUACAAUCAGCCCACCUCAGUGCAAGAUCGAGCCAGACUCGAGUCGUCUCGCCGACUUCGGAGUGCUGGUAACUUCCUUUCGGAUUGGCGGCAUGGCAACGAUCGACUGAGACUCGAUUCGUCUCAGCGACAUUGUCCGGACCGAACGAGACUUGAUUCGUCUCAUCGGCCACCCCAUCCGAGGCGAAGGCGUGGACGAGAUGUUCGUCGUCAAGCAGGUGCACGACGUAUUAUCAAGGGGAGGGGGUAAACUCAUCGCCCAAAACACGACACUGGGAUAUAUAAUAUCCGGUGUCGUAUAAUAUCGGUACCAUAAAGUACACUGGCUGCCAACACCUCUCACAUUUACCGCCUACCCAGGAUCGAGUAAGACUCGAGUCGUCUCGCCGACCUCGGAAGGUGGUGACGUCUACGCAAAUUGGCGACAUGGCAAUGACCGACUGAGAUUCGAUUCAUCUCAGCGGCAU